UUUGAUUCUUAACAUACUGUAUUGCUUACAUUCCAAGGCAGUUAAAAUUUUACAAAUUCUCCCUCCACCAUACCCUCUGAAAACAGCAAUUAGCCACACCUAGUCUUUUGUCACCAAGUCAUAAAAUCCCGAAUUGCCAGAAUAACAGCCUGACAGUCUACUGCAGAUCAGUUUUAUUUUUGUCUUUGGAGUGUUCACUUGUGGAUAAAAUUUUAGUGAAAAUGCCAAAAGUUAAAACAUCUAAAGCUUCAUUAAUUCGGCAAUGGCUUCAAGAAUUCCCUCAUUACACGUCGGAUGGCAAGAUUAUUCUGUGCCAAGUCUGUAAUAAAGAGGUCAGUAAAAAAAUAUUUUCAUAAAUUAAAAUAUUACUGCAAAUUACAAAUUAUAUAUACUGUACUGUAUAAUGUUAAUAUAUAUAAAAUAUAAAGUAGUUUAAAAACAACAAAUAAUAAAAUUUAAUAUUUUUUGUAGGUGUCCAGUGAAAAGAAAUGCCACCUCACACAACACGCACAAGGUGCUCAGCAUAAAUCAAACGUUGAACGAAAAUAUAAAAUGAAACAGACUCUCUUGACGCAGACUUCAGAGACUUCAUCAAAGAAAAAUGAGUUUAGUGCUGAUUUGUGUCAUGCUAUUAUAGCAGCAAAUAUUCCAUUUAAAACAUUGGAGAACACUCAUUUUAGAAAUUUCUUGGAAAAGUACUGCCACCAGAAAAUUCCUUCAGAGUCGACACUUCGAAAGUAUUAUGUGCAACCUGCAUACGAAGAUAUUAUUUCCAGGAUAAGAGACAAUCUUAAGGACUCUUACUUGUGGUUCUCUGUAGAUGAAACAACGGACAGUCUUGGACGCUACGUUGCCAACUUGAUUGUUGGAAAGCUUGAUGCCGAUGGGCCCUCCAGAGCUUACCUGAUCUACACAAAACAGUUGACUAAAACUAACCAUGAAACAGUGGCUCAUUUUGUGAACAAUGGACUAAAGAUAAUUAAUCCUGAUGAAGAUAAAGUUCUUGUAGCCGUAACAGAUGCUGCUUCAUACAUGGUUCCUGCCAUGAAAACACUUAAGAUUUUUUUUCCUGCUCUUGUCCAUGUGACAUGCUUGGCCCAUGGUCUCAAUCGGGUAGCAGAGCAAAUCAGAGUAGAAUACGAGAAGGUGAAUAAACUCAUCUCCUCUGUCAAGAAAGUGUUCAUUAAAGCCCCAUCAAGAGUGCAAGCUUUUCGGCAGAUGCUCCCAGAUGUUGCUCUUCCUCCAGAACCUGUUCUCACUCGUUGGGGAACUUGGCUGAAGGCUGUUAACUACUACAGUGAACAUUUCUCUGAUAUAAAGAAACUUCUGGACACUUUAGCGGAUGAUGCAGUUUGUGUAACUAAAGCCAAGGAAAUUUUGAAUGACAUUUAUGUUCAGAACGACUUGGUGUACAUUAAGUCUCAUUUCACAUUCAUUGCAGACACUAUUACUGCUCUUGAAAGUAGUGGGAAACCGAUAUAUGAACAAAUUGAUCUCCUCAACAGAGCAAAGCAGAAACUUUGUGAUGCACCAGGCACUGCUGCAGAAAAAGUGAGGAAAAAGUUGGAUGCAGUGCUUCAAAAGAAUACUGGAUUAAAGUCCUUGUUUGUUGUGGCUGAUAUUUUGGCAGGAAAGAAGAGCAAAACCGAAAGUGAAUUCCCAGUUCAUCUUCUUCCAAGGUUGAAAUACUGUCCGUUAUCGUCAGUAGAUGUGGAACGCUCUUUCUCUGCGUAUAAAUUAAUACUCAGUGACAAACGUUGCAACUUUUCUAUUGAAAAUUUGGAAAAAGUGCUUAUAAUAUAUUGUGAAGCAAACUAUGGGAAACAGAGUGAAUAAAAAAUGUAAAGAUAAUUGUUUGUCUACUUUUGCGUUUGCAGCAUUCUGAAUAUGUGCAUUUUUGUUUGGAAUACAUAUGUUAAAUAAAUAAUCCAUUGUCUGAUAAGUACAUUACUUGUUCAUUGUGCAAAUUUUGACCGCCUAUUUUUUGUUUAUAAAGCCUAAACGAGACAAUUUAAGAGCCUAUUUUAGGCGCCUAAAACACUACUUUUAAGGGCCUAAAUGUCCGCUGUCUAGUUAUAAUGUAUUUCUCACAUGAAAUUUAAAAAAAUAAUGACAAAUCUGAAAUUUUCAGACGUUUACACUA